AAUUCCUCGACGACAUCUCCUUCCUCUCAUCCCUUUUUUUUUUGUCUACUAAAGCUCCUCAAUUGCACCCGGAGGAGUCAGGGCUUGUCGAACAAUAUGUCACUCAACCUUUUUUCUCUGUCCUCGCUGCGCACCUUGGGGUCAACCCUGCAGUCGGCUUGUCGAUUUAAUUCGACCACUGCUACCAAUGCUGCGCUGGAGAAUCUCCAACGCCCCCCCCGAGCAACACAAAACAUCCCGAGAGCUGUCCGUCGUCGAGCACCAAACCGCCUAAAGUUCAUUGAAGCCCAGAAGGCCCAGGCCGAAAGUCGAGCUCUGGAAAGAUUUCAAACGCGUGAAUGGAAGGCUGGUGAUAUCUAUGCGCCCCAUGAUCUCAGCCCGGCUGAGAUGAAGAAGUGGAGGAAGCGCUACAGUCCUGAGACAGAUGCCUUUGACUCUCUCAACAUGAACCCCUUGGAUGUUUAUAAGAACUUCUCCAUUCUAUCCGAAUACAUCACCCCCAUGGGACGUAUAAAGCACAGGAAAGAGACUGGUCUGCGACCGGCCAACCAGCGAAAGAUUGCAAAGGCCAUCAGACGGGCCAUUGGUCUUGGUUUAAUGCCCAGCGUUCAUCGUCAUCCCGAGAUUCUGGCUGCGGAAGCAAAGGCGAGAAUGGAUUCAUCUGGUUUCUUUUAAAGCAGGAAUAAGACAAGGCUUGCCGGUAAGACUAGACCAGCGUCGGAAUCUCGCUUGCCCUACUUGUUCUUUUCUUGUCUUCUUUUUUCUUCUCACUUGUUAUUAUGACGAAUGCUGGCAUUAAAUUGGGAGCACUGUACAAUAUCAAACCAUGUACCGGGUUAGAAAAACCAUGUAAUUUAUUCGAUUUCAGUUGGUUAAAUAAAGUCGCAAUCAAUAACUUUCCC